UUGAUUGACGACUAUGGUAUCAGUAUCUACAUCGAAAGAGCAGGCCACGAGCUUAGCUGAGGCCAGCAGUGUCUUCCUUAAUCACCCGUUCUGAGUACGGUUCAACGACAACUUGCAGCAUCGUGUGCUGUGAAUGAAUUGUCAUGGAGUACAAACAGUUGGGCUUAUGAGACUUGCUCGAACAUGUAUCGCUAACCGCAACGAGCACCACAUCUCAGGUCACCCAUUGGGGAAGCUCAUUGCAGUAUUGCACGUGAUUAUGUCAUGUCACUGCCGAGCCGAGACCAGGCCAGGUGGAAAGGACAACCACCUACGUCAUCACGAGGCUGCGACUGCAAGAGCAUCGUGGUCUGUCAGUCUUGUGCGAUAUGAAACAUGUUCAACUGUGCUAAAGCCUGAAAGGUUGACCUGGACAGAGGAUAUGACUUGGAUGCGCUCCGUGCUUCGUUGGAUGAACCUGGUGAUGGGCGCCAACUACGUAGUUGCAGCAAAAAUAAAGUCCACAGGUGUGUGCAUGAGAGCGGCACGUUGCUGUGGCUGCUGCCGAACCGCCUCCGCACUCCACCAUCAACUUCUAUCUUUCACUCUCACUCAACCUCCUCGUGCCUGCUUCAUCCGUGCUCGCUAUCUGUACUUUCUAUUAUAUGUGCGGUGCUUUGACCUGAAUGAUGUAGAUGAAUCAUCAGCAGCCACACAGGUUCGAUCAGGUUCGAGAGACACAGGCCAAUUAGAGAUCCCAAACCUGUCUGUGCAAUUUCCCAAGAUUUCAAAUGCCGUCAUCCAAACACUGCUCGACGCGCUUGAGACACCACAACAUUCCAAAGACAUCAGGGUCCAAGACUUUGAAGACAAGGAAAAUGAGCCCGAUGGCGCGUCCUCCACUGGAGAAACACGCUUGUGGCGUCAUCUGAGUGGUGGUAGGAUCAACAAGGCUGGUCGAUCCUAUCUUAGCCUCGUGCUCUUGCCCUCCAAUGCUACGUCACACGACAAGGAAACAGGAUUCAGUGCACAGUGCACACCACGAAGCGACAUGAACAUGAAACCUAUAUUUGAUGCUGCAUCUUCCCUCAAGGUAGGAGAAUUUCAUACUCAACUUCCAGCUUCAGAACAAUAUCCAUCAAAUCACAUACCCUACCUAUAACUAUACAUACUACCAAGCCAAUCGAUCACAAUGGGUCUUUUCGGUCACAAGAGCGAGCCAACUCCAGCACAAGCUGCCCCUUCUCGACACUCGACCUCGUCAGAAGGUAGCCGACUUUCCUCCGGCUCGCGUAGGUCCGGUGGAUUCUUACACCGCAACCAAGAAGACCCAUCCAUCAGCGAUGCUCGUCAACGCGUUGCCUCUGCGGAAGCCGCCGAGCGCGAAGCCGAUCGUGCCUUGGUUCAAGCUCGUACUGCCGUGAGAGAUGCCAGAGAACACAUCAAGCGUAUCGAGAUGGAGGCCGCUGAAGAGGCUCGUCUUGCGAAAAUUAAGCAGCAGAAUGCCAGAGAUAUCUCAAAGAG